CCACAACUCGCCGAUAGGCGUGGCUCGGGGUAAAAAGGCGGGUCAUGCGUACGCAGGCAAUUUCGCUAUAAGAGAGGCUCGUACAAGGUGAUCACACUACUCAGGUGCGUCUAUGUCUCUAUCACCCGACGACGAGCGCUUUUGCGCUUCUUUAGCUCAAGAAGCGGCCUCGUCACUUGCCACCAAAUGCAAAGAGAUCUGUGUACAAAACGGAUCGACGCACAAUCGGGCCGCCGACCUGCUCGAGUUGUUUCUAUCCUCGCUGCGACGUGAAUUCCACUCUCAAAUCGAUUCGUCGUCGACGAGCGGCGGCGUCGUGCGGCGAUCGUCAAAAGGCCGCGGAAAGAAGUCGUUUCGAUUGCUGAAUCGGAAGAGUUCGGGGAAAGAGACGAGCUCGGUGCAGAAGGAGGGCAUACUCAGACAGCUGAUCGACGCUGGCGGAGCGAGCUUGGAAUGGUCAAAGUGUCGCGUCGUUUUGUUGCGAUCAUCGGGCGGCAAUAUGAUCGAGUUCUACAGUCCUCCCAAGGCGUCUAAGCCUAGAAGUGGUAUUCUUUGUUCAAUGAUUGAAGAUGUGAGACAGACGAGCAAGUUAGAUGUAGACGCCAGAGAUAGUUUUGUAAUCAAGGCUGGCCAAAUCGAGUAUGUCCUGCAGGCUGACAAUGCCACUGAGAUGAACUUGUGGAUGGAUAUUAUACGUCAGUCGUUUGAUGGCAAUGAGGUGGAUGAUGAGAUGUCUGCUGUUUGGAGCAGACAUUCAAGUGGCAGUAGUGCUUCCCUGUCUGUGACCAGUCCAACGACAAUUGACAGUGGAAUUUCGAUGUUGCCUCCUUCUAUGCCAUAUCCUCCCCCUCCUCUUGGAGACCAUGACAGUGAUAUUCCUCUUCCUCCACCCGAUGAUUUGACGCCUCCACUGCCUCCACCUCCUGAAGAAAUGCUUUCUGAUUCUGCAUUUCGAAGGAGCACUUCCUUGUCAGAAUCUCCUCCGGCAAUGUCUCCUCCACGUGCGUUUUCUCUUACUGGAGUUAAUGAAAGCUGUCGACUUUCUGGGGCAUCAUUAGGUGACGACCAAUGCUGUGCUGUCACGAAUGAAGACAUUGCAAACCCUAGGAUUAGAAUGAGCUCACAAGGAUGGCCAUCAUCUCUACAUACAGAUAUUUCCGGUGUUGUCAGUCAUGAACAUCCAAUGUCUGGAAACAGUUGGUUUCAUGGAACACUAGCAAGGAACGAAGCGGCUACAUUGGUGCUGUCUGGACAACAUGGAGCAUGGCUUGUCAGACAGAGUGAGACAAGACAAGGAGAGUAUGUUCUCACUUUCAACUAUCGAGGAAAGCCAAAGCAUCUUCGAAUGGCUCUGAACUCCGAGGGUCACUGCAGGGUGCAACAUCUUUGGUUUCAUACCAUUCUGGAUAUGCUCGAGCAUUUCAAGUCGAAUGCCAUUCCGUUGGAGUCGAGUACCAGUGGAGAUGUCAUGCUGUCAGAUUGCAUUCAUAUUACACAGCAGCGAAGAGCACUCUUUGUGUCUUCAGACAAGCCUAUCAACCAGACAAUGUUGGACUCUAGGAACUCUCCUCAACUAAGUCACAGUUUAAGGGAAAGAACAAACUCUCAUUCAGACCGUUCACGACUCGGCUCUCAGUCAGAAGACGCAUCACAUAGAACACGAUCUGCUACAUCUCCUCGUUUGCACUCUCUACAGUCUCUGCACUCUCUACAGUCUCUGCAAUCUCAGGGACUAGAUCGUGGUGAUCACUUGGGUACAGUCCAUCAGAGGGCAACCAACAAUGUGUAUGCAUUUAUGUAGCAAUAUGAGUCAUGAAAUUUGUUUUUAUAUGCUUUAGUAAUUGUCAUGUCAUACAUAUUGUUACUAUCACUUUGUAUUUCGUGUUCGAAUAUCUUAUUACAGUAUUAGAUAUUAUUGACAUACCAAUAUAUAGAUGGUAAAUAUUUGAAA